AUGUCCUGUUCUCAAAAUAAGACUUCUGUCAGUCUGGCCUGGCGUGAAUGCAUAUCCAUCGCUUCCGUCCUAAUUGGCGCGUAUGCAUCAUACAAAUACUAUAAGCUGUUCAAAACACGCGAUAUUCCACGUCCAAAAGAAGGCGUUGAAGAACUCAUAGGAAACACUCCUCUGGUUAAGAUCAGAUCUCUUACCAAGGCUACUGGAGUUAACAUUUACGCUAAGUUGGAGUUAUGCAACCCAGCAGGAAGUGCUAAGGAUAGAGUGGCUUUAAACAUCAUAAAGACGGCUGAGGAAUUAGGCGAGCUCGUCAGAGGUGAACCUGGCUGGGUAUUUGAAGGAACAAGUGGGUCGACUGGUAUCUCUAUAGCAGUGGUCUGUAAUGCGUUGGGUUAUAGGGCACACAUUUCUUUGCCCGAUGACACAUCGCUAGAAAAAUUGGCAUUACUAGAAAGCCUCGGUGCUACUGUUAAUAAGGUUAAGCCCGCUAGUAUUGUCGAUCCAAACCAAUACGUAAAUGCCGCCAAAAAGGCAUGUAAUGAACUAAAGAAGAGUGGUAAUGGAAUAAGAGCAGUUUUUGCCGAUCAGUUCGAAAACGAAGCCAACUGGAAAGUACAUUACCAGACCACAGGCCCAGAAAUUGCCCAUCAAACUAAGGGAAAUAUUGACGCAUUCAUUGCUGGCUGCGGUACUGGUGGCACCAUAACUGGUGUGGCAAAAUUCUUAAAGGAAAGAGCAAAGAUACCUUGCCAUGUCGUUCUAGCGGAUCCACAAGGAUCUGGCUUUUAUAAUAGAGUCAACUAUGGCGUGAUGUAUGACUAUGUAGAGAAGGAAGGUACUAGAAGAAGGCAUCAAGUUGACACUAUCGUAGAAGGGAUUGGGUUAAACAGAAUCACUCAUAAUUUUCAUAUGGGCGAAAAGUUUAUUGAUGAAUCAAUACGAGUCAACGAUAAUCAAGCCAUUAGAAUGGCAAAAUACCUAUCGGUAAACGACGGGCUAUUCGUGGGGAGUAGUACAGCUAUUAAUGCGGUAGCCGCUAUUCAGGUUGCAAAAACGCUUCCUCACGGCUCAAACAUUGUGAUUAUUGCAUGCGACAGCGGUUCAAGACACCUAAGUAAAUUCUGGAAAGAAGCUAAAGAAAUCGAUCACGACGUGUCAUUAGAAGAAGUAAUAAAUAUCUAA